AAAAUAAACAGUCUGAUACACUAAGCUCUCGCUAUGCGCAUGAUUCAGGGAAGGGUCGGAUCAGAAGGGUUUAUGUUACACAUCUUUAUCCUACAUUUCUGCAAGAGGUUGUUUCCACGGCUCAAACUCGGAGGUCACAUGGCAGCAACUUUACCAGAAAGAUAGUGUUCUGCAUAGAGAAGUAGUACUGUUUUUGAUGUCCAAAUGCUUCCCAUUAGGUUCUAAGAAACUCAGCCACUCUAAUUGUUCAUAACAUCCUAGCAAAGAAGAUUCGUCUCUCUUGAGCUGAGGUCUAUCGGAAAUAGCCUCUCUACCUUCAAGGUAGGCAUAAGGUCUGCGCACGCACUACCCUUGUGGGAUUACGCUGGAUUUGUUGUUGUUGUUGUUGUAUACUAGCAAAGAAGAUGGUAGUCUCUAGUACUGAUAAUUUUCAGGCUACAGUUCAGAAAAGUUACGACAAAAUGAGUGAGUUAAAAGCCUUUGAUGAUACAAAGGCUGGUGUCAAAGGGCUUAUUGAUGCUGGAAUUACUGAGGUACCUAAUAUGUUCAUUCUGCCACCAAAAAACAGACCGGACUCCUCGGAAACCUGUGAAACACAGUGCAUUUUUCCAGUUAUAGAUCUUGAAGGAAUUGAUGAGGAUCCAACGAAGCAUAAAGAGAUUGUGGAUAAAGUACGAGAUGCAUCGGAGACAUGGGGUUUCUUCCAAGUGAUUAAUCAUGGCAUUCCAUUACCUGUCCUGGAAGAAAUGUUGCAAGGAACACGACGAUUUUUUGAGCAAGAUAUUGAGGUUAAGAAACAGUAUUACACUCGAGAUAGUACGAAAAAGGUGAUUCAUACUAGCAAUUUUGAUUUGUAUAGUCCUUCUGUUCCAGCUGCAAAUUGGAGAGACUCACUUUUCUGUUUAAUGGCUCCUACUCCUCCUAGUCCAGAAGAAUUGCCAACAGCAAACAGGGAAAUACUACAAGACUAUUCUAAGCAUGUAAUGAAAUUAGGCUGCUCCUUACUUGAAUUAUUAUCAGAAGGUCUUGGCCUCGAUCGUUGUCAUCUCAAAGAUAUGGAUUGUGCGGAGGGGCUCGGUAUUUUGGGACAUUAUUAUCCAGCAUGCCCUCAGCCAGAGCUCACCAUAGGCACCAAUAAACAUUCUGACAAUGAUUUUAUCACAGUGCUUUUACAAGAUCAUAUCGGAGGACUCCAAGUGCUUCAUCAGAAUCAGUGGGUUAAUGUUCCUCCUACACCUGGUGCUCUCGUCGUGAACAUUGGAGAUCUUCUACAGCUCAUAUCAAAUGAUAAGUACAUAAGUGUUGAGCACAGAGUAUUGGCAAAUAAAGUUGGACCAAGAAUAUCAGUUGCAUGCUUCUUCUACACUGGUCCACGACCAUCUUCCAGGCUUUACGGUCCAAUUCCUGAAUUGUUGUCAGAAGAUAAUCUUCCAAAAUAUCGUGCAACAACAGUGAAAGACUACACUGAUUACUUUCGUCAAAAAGGUCUAGAUGGAACUUCUGCAUUGUUGCAUUACAAGAUCUAAUCAUAGUUAAUAAUUAAAAUUCUGAUGAUAACAGAAAAUUUUUGUGAUGUAUCACAUGCUUAAGCUUCAAAGAUAUUGAAAUAUGCACUGUUAUGCCAAGUCCUUUUUGUCUACUGCUUAUGAGUAAUGGAAACUAGUUUGGAGCACAGAUUAUUCAUUA